UUUAUUCACAAGGGGACAUUACACAGACACCGGUAAUUCCACUGUCAUGUUUUCCCUAGUCGUUAACCAACCGGCUUGGUACUAGUACAAAGUGCCACAAAUUCCAGGCGUGGCCUUAAUCAUGUGACGAGAAACAAAAAUAAGCAGUCACUUCUAUUGUCGAUAAAUGCACUGUGCCGAAAAAUGAAGUGUGCAAGAACGUGUAUUCUUAAACGCUGACAUGCUGUAAUCCUCAAAAAAAUCCGUAAGACAGGUUCGAAAGUUUUAACCGGUAUUUAGACAGUUGAUGUUUCCAGCUGUAUUUCAGUUACUGCUGAUUUCCACAUCUUUAGAAGACAAGAAUAAACCAUGAUGUCAGAAGAAGAGGAGCCGAUGCUCCCCUGUCUGUAUGACAACUGUCAAACGGCAUUAAAUGCUACUGCCGGACCGGUGGCUGUGGAUGAUGCCAAUGACAGCAUUCUUAUGUCGAGGGAAAGUCUGAGGAAGUUACUCGACUAUAGGACUUACACGCGUCGUUGGUUCGUCUUGCUGGUUGUAUGCUUGCUUAAUACUUCCAACGCACUGCUAUGGCUAAGUUUUGCUCCAGUGGCUGAUCAGAUAUCACAGUAUUUCCAUAUUUCACUGGAUAAGAUUAACUGGCUGUCACUAGUGUACCUCAUAGUUGGAGUGCCGUUUGGACUGUGCACAACGUGGAUGCUAGACUUUUGUGGACUUCGGACUUGUCUGAUCCUGAGUGCGUGGUUAAACAUGCUAGGAAGCAUUAUCCGCUUCUUCAGUGUCUUACUUGUUGACAGAAGUGAGGUGAUCACCUUUAUUUUACUGAUGAUUGGACAAACUCUCUGCGCACUGGCACAACCACUGGUGCUUUUUGCACCUACCAAAGUAGCAGCUUUGUGGUUCCCAGAAAAUCAAAGGACAACUGCAAAUAUGCUGGCUUCUGUGGCAAAUCCAUUUGGAAUAAUGUUAGCCAAUUUGCUUUCUCCAAUAAUUGUGACAGACAAAAGCUACAUUCCAUUAAUGCUGGGUAUUUAUUCUAUCCCUGCUACAUUGGCGUGUAUUUUGGCAACAGCUGGCAUUCGGGAAAAAGCACCCCCUACACCUCCAUCAGCCAGUGCACUUAGUUCUACCUCUGAACCUUUUUGGACAGGAAUGAAAAUGCUUUUCCAGAAUAGAGCAUAUGUACUCUUAAUGUGCUGCUUUGGAGUUGGAUGUGGUAUUUUUACCGCCUUUUCUACACUACUGGAGCAAAUUCUCUGUGUCAGAGGGCAUUCAAAUUUUUUUAUAGGUCUUUGUGGAGCAUUGUUUAUUGCAUUAGGCAUGGUUGGUGCUGCCUUGUUUGGAGUGUAUGUGGACAAAACGAAGAGAUUUAUGGAAGUCGUCAAGAUCAACUUCUGUUUGACUGCUUUAGCAAGCAUAGGAUUUGCACUGGUGUCUCGAAUGACAAGAUCAACAACUGCAGAAGGUUUAGUGGUAGUAGUUUGUGCACUUUUUGGCCUGUUUGGCAUUUCUAUCUACCCUGUCUGUAUGGAACUUGCAGUUGAAUGUUCUUAUCCAGUAGGAGAAGCAACAUCUGCAGGUCUUCUCUUUGUCUCUGGACAGGUCCAAGGUAUUGUGUUCAUUGUCUUGCUCCAAGUGUUAGCUAAACCACUCUCUGAAGUAGACUUCUCCAAGUGCCUGACUAGUCUGGACGCACCCAAGGACUGGAUGAUUUCAACACUGGUGAUGGCUGGCAUUUGCAGUGUGGGAGCCUGCAGCUUUGUUUUAUUUUUCCACACUCGUUACAAGAGAAUCCAUAAAGAAGAAGCUGGAAGCAGCCGUGGCACUGAUAGCUGAAAGCCUCAUAAGUAGGCAGUGAUGCACUGCUGGAUUUUCAAAAUGCACGUUCAUCGGCUGAAAGUCUUAACUUGACAGAAACACAUCUAGACAACCAGUGGAGUUCCAGCAAAUUCAUUCAGCUGUAAUGCUACAUUUACAACUCUUAACACAGCACUUUAUUUACGUUACAACUGCAAAUAACACCUUACUGACUGUAAUUUUUGGAUACAACUUGCAGCAACUACACAAAAAAAUUACAGAAACUAGUGGUAAAAAAAAAAAGAACUAUAUUUGACGGUAUUUUUCUAUUUAACAGAAAUGUUACAAAUAGAGCAGUAAAGUUGGUACAGGUCUGAUAAUAGAUGUAAACCAUGAAAGCACUACUGAUUAUUGGGAAUAAUGGAUACUGUUUUUCUACCUGGAAUGCAGGAUGUGAGAGGUGGUAAAUAUACAUAAGGCAUCAUAACAAAUCUUGCAUGGGAUCACCAUAUCAUUUAUAAUAUUUACAUCUAACCAUACUAACAGAAAAAUACACAGAUGAACAGGAAGAUCACAAUUAGAACAGUAUGCUUGUCAGUAUCACUGUCCGUGUGCAUCACCAUUCAUGACAAAUUACUAAACCACAUUUAAAGAUGUGGAACUCUGUGCUAGUCUCUCUCAUUUCCUGUAAUUUUUUCAGCAUUUAGUAUUAUCUUUUGAUUUUUCUGAAAUAUCUUUCUGAGUACAAACCACAGUUAACCAAAGGGGAAGGAUGUUGCUAACUUUUCUCCUGAACAAUAUGUUUCUGUGCUGUAUACACAGUAACAAACAAAUCAGUUAGUCUUACUUUUAUAUAAUGAAACCAGUCAACAUUUUGUUUAACCUCUGCCUGCCAGCAUUUUUAUUUAUUUAGUUUGUUUUGCUGCUUCUGUUUUUUUGAAUUUGUGCAGGUGGGAAACACCCCUACACUCCCCAAAUUUAAAUAUACCGACUCAGUGGUGUGGAGAAAAAAAAAGAAAACUCCACUGUUUUACUCAAAUUUCUUUGCUCGAUAAGCAGUUGCCCAGACUGUCAAUCGAUUGACACAUUCUCCACUCCCUUUUUACCAAAAAUUCUUUUCACAAUGACCUUCUUCCUACAUUUCUUUUGCCAUGUGAAGUUAGUGGUCACAUCAAAAGUGUACUUCCAGGCAUCUUAACUUUUGGUAGGUAUAUAUUUUUUUCUUUCAGUACUAUCAUAAAUUACUUCUUUUUUGUUUAUACUGAAUUGUCCUAAACUCCAACCCACAAUUCUGGCAUUUUGAUAGAACUUUUCUGAAAAUUUCCUAUUAGAAAUUGUUCUUGUGUAUCCCCUCCCACAGGCCUUGGCAUUUUGUCACUUUUCUCCACUUGAAUGUCAUUAGUAUUCUGCAAGUUCUAACACCUUUGACACCUCCUGCAGUGAUUUGUACUUAAAUGUUGUUAGUUCUCUGCUAGGUAUUAUCCAUACCUCUCAGUUGUCUAGAAUUUCACAAUUUGUGGCUUUCUGGUAAAUGAAUGAGAACUGUAGUCACUAAAUAAUGAUAGAUGUUUCAGUUUUCACACUUUGUGUCCUUCAGAAAAUGCAUGCUAAUGCAAAACCUGUUAUUCUAGCAAACUUUUUGUUUAAAUUUAUAAGAGCUAUAUUUAAAAACUUGUCCCUAAUAUUGGGCCUUUGUUCCCCGUUAUUACUUGCUUUGUCCUUCAUUCUUACACUAAGAGUUUGAGAGGCAUGUUUUUUUUGGGGGGGGGACUAGUUUUUCCAGUAGUGGUACUUUUCUAGUUUUUGCUCUGUUAAUAAUAAUAAUAAUAAUAAUAAUAAUAAUAAUAAUAAUAAUAAUGACGUUAUUUAUUGGGAAUUUUUUUUGUUUGUUUUUUGCUUGUGGUUGCUGUUUUUUGGCUUGCUGAUAUUUGACAAUUUUUGCAAUGAACAGAGUCUUCAAAAAAGUAAUCCCCCCUGCCCCCGGACAAACACACAGAAUAUCUGUAUUGCUUGGACGUGGCACAUAAUACUGCCAGCUAUGUGCUUUGUAUGUUAAUUAUUCUAAAUACUAUAAGAGAGAGAGAUUAAAAUUGAGUUGUAUUUGCUCUGUUUAACACAAACCUUUGCUGGGUGUGAAAUGCCUUAAAACUUUGGAGGUGAUGUCCUUUACCUCAGUUUUGUAGUCAAGUCCAUAUACAUUGAGGGAUGAGCCUGACUUAAGAGCAUUGGCUAGGGAGGCACACAUCUUCCUCUCUAGGUCCUCCAUUAAAAGGUGCAAGGGAGUUGUGUAUUUGGUUGAAAUGUAUUUUUGUCGAAUGGACACUUCAGGUGUUUAGAUGAACUGAUCUGCAGCAGAUUGUUAUUUUCUCAGCUGUUUUUAUGGUAUGUUCAAUUUGGCCACAGUUGUGAAACAUUGGAUUUGUUAAAUAUAAGUAAAGGUGAAGCCACUCAAGCAAACAGGGGCUAAUUGUGUCCAGAUUUCACUAAAUAUCUCCGUUGGAGGUUUCAGCUUUUUGUCCUUUAGCUACACUGCUCUCUGCACUGUUUCAUUUUAAGUGUCCUGCAUGUUCCUCCACGAGCACCUGUUUUGCUGCUGUGCUCAGACCUAAGAAUAUCCACAGAUAUUCUGUGUGAGCUUUUGGAGAACCCUCUUCUCUCUCAGCGGGACAGAGGGUCCUAAGAACCAAAUGUAGUGUCUAUCUACAGCUUCUGGCCACUGAUCUGUUCCCGCUCCUUCCUUAGACGCAUCACUUCCAAGGAAAGCUGAAGCAUGUGGUUGAGAUCCUUAUUUCAGAUAUUGAUGACCAGGAAUGUGGUCAUUCCCCCAUUACCCCCACAAUUACAUGUUUGCAAAAUAUGUGAAAUGAGGAGGCAUAGAGGGGGGACUGCCCACAAACCCUACAUACUCCCUGCAGGUUUGCCAAACCCACCAACCAUCAUCCUGGGUUAUCCUUCCUACUGAUAAAGUGGAAAAGCUGGCUACCUGUAUUGCAUAGGAUAAUCCUGGGCAUAGUCUUCUGACCAUUAAAGGAUUUGUUGGUUAAAGAACCUGAAGCUGGAUUCAGUUGUGGCUGCAGCUGCCUAAGGGCUCCUGUAUUCCAAAGUCUUGUUAUCCAUCCCUUAGCAGAGAAUCAAGGGCUGUGGAUAUUUUCAGGAAGUGUUUUUGCUUCAUCUAUGUCUGCACUAAAGGCUGUAAAACUAUGUCACACAUAACCAGGCUCUGCCUGAAACAGAAACUGCAGUCACAACAGAUGAUAUGAGUCUGUUUUGAAUGUCAGCUUAAGAAUGGCAUAUAGCUUGGCUAAAGGUUUAGCCAGGACAACAAGCACAAGCAUUGCCAGUAGCUGCUACACCUAGCUCUUGUUAAUGGAAUUUGCAGAGGAUACAGUAGUGCUGUUUGUCAAUUUACCUUUAAAUGGAUCUACCCUUUUAGACUUUCUUUUUGUAAACGCCUGGAAAACAUGGAAAAGGAAGCUAAAAUCUUAACCACUGGAGUCAAAUUUGUCAAAUUUCAGACCCCACAAUGCAUCUUCCAAAGGAAACAAUGGAGUCCAUGUAAACACUGUGACAUGCAGUGACAGAAUCAAAUACUUGGAAGGAACCAAAGUUUUGAAGGAACUUCCAGAAUAGUCAUCUGCACACAGCCAGACGUAAAUGGACAGCAGUGUAACCCCUAAGGACUUGCCUGGCUGUCCCACCGUGGAGGUAGUUGGAGCUACUCUUUACCCCCAGGUGGCAGGCUAUAAAGCAGGAAAGGUAGAUAAGGCCUUAUAAGGCCUCAUUCCACACCCUAUCUAGACCCACCUCCAACUUUGUCAUAAAGCAACAGUAAAAAUAUGGAAUUUAAACCUUCUAGAGAAUAUAAAUAAAUUGUAUUUCUCCCAUCAGCCCUUUCUUACUUGUGUCAUGCAUGCAGCUCUCAAGGGAUUCUUGAAUUAGGUCUUUAACUCGACUUCCUGGUGGCUGAUGUCAGUUCCUGUGUCGCCACUAGGGCAUACUAUGCCUGCUCAUGGUAUGUGCGUGCUCCUACACAUAUACAUAUGAGGGGCACCAUCUCUGGCUUGGAAAACCAAGCCCAUUUUCUCUGGUCCAGUGUCCACUAUUGUCAUUCAGCCCUGCACUUGCAAAGGGGCAAUUUGGCUGACUGGGCCCACUGUUUCCCUUCCCACGGGAUUGACAAGCUAACAUAUGCCAUUCUCUCCCAUCCUGCCCUGCCCAGCUCUUUCAGUGCUAAAAUUAGUCAAAGUUAGGUCAUUUGGAUUGUAGUAAGGGCUUCACCCCUAUGUGCCAGAGAGAUGAGGACCUCAGAGUUGUUCUUGACUUGAUUGACCUAUAUCAGUUCAUUUUAAAAGGUACAAUUCAAAUGUUCAUAAGGCAGUUGAGGAAUCACAGUGUUGCAAAACAAACUCUCACUUGGAACCACAGUGACUGCUCACCUUUAUAAGCUGCCCACAAGACACAAUUCAAAGUAAGGCCCCGUUGCCACAGGAUUUCUCUGCUUCAGUCUCUGCUAUGUUUGAUAGCAUACUUCCAGUCUCCCACAGCUUUGGCCUGCCUCAGGGCUGAAGACUUCCAUUUAUGUGGUACUCUUUGAAGGGCUUCAUAUGAGGAUUCUUCUUAGGGUUCACUGUUUGCAGAUAGCAGACCCUAUGUCUCUUCACAUCAAGAUACCCAGAGCUUGCCAGGAACAUAUUUGGUGGUGUCUUCAUUUGCCAAAACUAACCAAUGGGAUCCUCCUUUUUCUUUCCUACAAAAUUGGAAGCUGUCACCACAGACGUUUCUGCCCUAGGGUGGAGGGGGGUAUCGUUAAGGGCAUACUGCUCAUGGUGUGUGUUCACAACCAUAGGCCAUUCUGGAGGGUAGUUAUUUUCACCUUCUGGAUCUUUCAGCACUCCUUAACCAAAGAUUUGGGUGGGUUUGGCAUAAUGGUUAAGGUAUUCACCUUAUAGACACAAGAUACAGGGUUUCACUCUGACCUUGGAUUAUUGGACAGGCAUAAAAUGGCCCUGCAGGGCAGUUAGCCUAGUAUUUAUCUAUGAACCUAUGUGACAGCCAUCCUUACAAGCUACCAUAGUGUCUGUCAACAAGCAAAGAAAGGAGCAAUUCACUGUUACCUCUUUGGUGGGAAGUGAGGGUUACAGAAUGGGCUAUAUUAGCCAACCACAUUCUGAUAUCAAAUAAAAUUCCCUGUGAAGCCAACUGACUAGCAGAUAGGCUGUUGCCUUCUUUUGCCACAAGAGUGGUCCAUCAGCCCAACUUUAGUGAGGAUUUUGUUCAUCACCAACAGUAGCCCUGCUGCAAUGUAUCUGCAUCCCCAAACACUGAAUGUAGCAAAUUCUUUUCUCUGAUCCCGGUUCCAGGCAGGGGCGGGGAUUUUUCACAGAUGGUGUCAUCAUAAAUGGCCUCAGAUCUCCUUUAUGCUUCCCCAUUUCUUCUGAUUAGAGGUUCAUUCAGAAAGCCAAGCAGCAGAUGUCCAAGGUCAUUCUCAUAGCCCCAUUUAACCUGCAACAAGUGUGGUUCUCAUUUGUCAUGCCUCAGUUAAAGGACAGGCCUCUCCACCUUGUGCUCUUCAGGACCUUAUAGACCCAUCCUUCCAGAAAGACAUAUCCGUAUCUAUUACUUGCAAUAAACUGCAUGGCAACUCUAGAUUGUCUACUGGCCAAAGAUCCAGGAUAAUCCAGCUCCCUUUAUUUAUUCAAAGGCCCAGUACUAGCCGUACACAGAAAGGUAAAUGGAGAAGUGUGUCUGUAAAGGGCUUGAUCCCUUUACGGUCCCUGUUACAUUCCUUCUCAGUUGUUUGUCUCAUAUGUGUGCUACAACUCUCAGCUAUUCAUCCAUCAGCUUUACCUUGCUUCUACUUCCAUGAAAUUUGCAAAACUUUUUUUAAAGGACACAUUCCUUAUCACUCACAUCCCCACUUAAGGUACUUGUUCCUCCAGGGAACCUUUAUAUUCUGUUAGAAGAAUUGACUCUUCCUGUGUAUGAACCAACUUCUGCAGCAGAUUUGAACUACUUAUCAUGGAAAAUGAUUUUUCUUGUAGGUUACGUCAUCAAGAAUUUUAGAUUAAAACUUAAUUAUUCAUCAUCCUUAUUUGAUCUUUUUGUCUUACAUAAGGGCAAGAUUUCUUUGCACACAAAAUCAUCUUUCAUACUUGAAGUGCUCACUGAAAUGAACCUUAAUAAGACUAUCCAUUUUUUUUUUUCAAAUUAUUCUUGUAGAGGUCAAAUUAUGAACUGCACAGAGGUUCAUAGACAGAUUUUAUGGGGACAGAACAAACUCCUUAAGGAAAGAUGCUUGUUAUUAUCAAAUGUUUCUGAGGCAAAGUGAUUAACAGAUGCAUUAAACUCUGCUAUUAAAAUAUAAUGCGUAGCCAGCUCUGUGGAAUACAGGGAUAACCCGUAAGUAAAACCCACAUUUGACUAGUAACAUGGACACUGGAAACAGACGAGAUGUAGUGUGUGACAGCAGCUGACAUCCUAGCAGGACAGAGAGAGAGGUUGUUUCUUAGUGGCUGAUCAACACCAUGCAAGUAGAGACUUAGGAGUUGGUGUAAUGGUUAAGGUGUGUACUAAACAUGCACAAGGUACAAGGUUUGAUUCUCACCUUUGAGAGGGCAAUUGGCUAGGCUUAAAAUGACCCACAAGGGCAGCUAGCCUAGUACUUAACUAUUAGACUUACAUAACACAGAAAUUGCCAUGACUGGGGAUGUGAGCUUGUCAUUUCAAACCAGUGACUGUAGCCCUUAGUGUUUGUGGGUGAAAGCAUGUACAUGCAGGGAGGGGAGUAGAAUGUCCCAUAGUGACAUGGGUGCUCUGAACUGCCACAUGGGAUGGGGCUGAGGCUUCAUUAGAAAUGUUCUUAUUGGCAUGCUGCCAGAAGGGGCAGAAUGACCUCUACUGCUGCUUAGUAGAUGGGCCCUCUGGUCAGUUCUCCUCCAUGCAGGUGAUAGUAAAUGAACAGACUGAAGACCAACAGGGGUAGACUUGAUGGUCAGCAUGCAUGGAGGUAAAAAUUUCCUAAGAAAAAAAUUAUAUGCGAUUAUAUCUUGCCUUAUAACACUACAGCACAUUUACCAGAGCAGCAGCAGCAGCUACUUUUCAGGCUCUUCUUACAUAAAUGCAGCCUUGGAUGAUGUUUGUGCUGCACAUGGUUUUCAUGGAGUACCUUUGCAAAAUGCUAUAAAAGGUGGACAUAAUCUCUAGGUCCCAGUCUUUGUUUGGGGUCACAAUAACAAGGGCUUGCUCUGAUAAAGGAUAUUGCCAAGGAGGAUGGGAUUUUGCUUUGCUGUUACUAAGUAAGGAUCUCCACAUACUAUACACAGAAAUUAUGUACUUACCACAAUGACAGAUCUGCACAAGCACAUCUCUUUUCAGUAACAUAUUUGCCCACCUCGUCCUCCUCUUGCUGAUUCUAUCCAGAGGUCACUUUUGAAGUUGUCUCCUUUACCUAGCAUACCAGAGAUCUGCAGAGGAAGAUCCUUAUAUUAAAAUAAGGUAGGGUAAUAGCCAGGGAAAUUUUACAUACCAAGCUGCGACAGUCUUGCUGUUGCCAAAGAUGGACCUGCUGAUUAGGACUUAUCUUUAAGGUAAAUACAUUGCUUUCACUUCUUCAAUCUAGCAGUGGUAUUCUUAGUGUGCUGAUGUUGCCAUUGCAUCUUCAACAUUCAUGUAAAUAGAUAUGGUAUCCGUAGACCACACCUCACCAUAGCAUCUCUUUGAGGCAUACACACACACACACACACACACACACACACAAACACACACACACAUGCACCCUGCCAAGGUACAUUUCAUGCAUACAGCUGGCCUUGGUAUGCAUACAGUUCAUACCUAGCUGCAGUUUUGCUUUCUCAAAGUUCUGCACAUUUGUCAUACUGUUGUGUGUGUUUUCAUG